GUUCUUAAACUCUGGAACUCAUCGUUAAUAUCACAAUUUAGUUUUUUUUUUUUUCAGGAAAGCCAAAACUAUUUAUUACAAUCUCCACGCAAUAAUGAGUGGCAGUGCACUGAUAGAGGUGUUUGGUCAUAUCGUGUUCAGUUUUACACGAGGAGUGACAGAGCACUACAACCCACAAGAACCUGAAUACAUGGCAGAAUCUUUUGGCUACGAUCCUCUACAAAGCACAGGUCGAGAAUGGUAUUAUCAUCCUGUUGAUGAGCUUAUUUAUCAAGAAUACAGCGACAGAGAAGCCACAAGCUUGGACUAUCUAGCGUCUAACCACGCUGAUAUAAGGGUUAUAAACGCGUGUUCGCCAGAGGAAAACGAAGAAACACAGGAAGAUCAACAAGAUGAAGAUAGAGCAAUGGCUUGGAAGCGACUCAGACCAUGCGCUCUCCGAACGGUUUGUAAAUCAAUGUACAUUGGAGCUUCAAUUUCACUACUAACGGCCAUCAUCAUCGGUUCAGUAUACAUGUUGAUCUCAUACUUAUGUAUUAAGACUGUAAACAACUGUGAAUUUCAUCCAAAGAAGUCCAUACCAUUAAAUGUACAAUGGAUGAGAUCAAUUUCUCUUGUGAUAAGUUACUCUAUUUCACACUUUUCGUCCUUUGUGACCAUGCUAUUUCUUUUUCGUCCAUAUCAGUUAAUGGGCGUGAAAAGGAAAGUCUUCUUGGUUUGCUACUUUGGAUAUUGUUUGGAAACAUUUUAUAUCAUAACUCUACAAAGCCUGGGAAUAUCUCAUUCUAAGCCAUCUUCUUUACAACUUAUUCCAAACAACGUUAUCAUUGUCAUUAGUCUAUGUUUGCAAGUUUAUUUUGUUACGAAUCACUUCUGUAUACGGCGGUCAAGGAGAAGUCACGUCAAUUUUUUUUUUCAAAUGACAGCUUCCCCCAUUUCUCUUGUAUUUCUUGCAGUUCUUGUGGCUCAAAUUAUUUACCCAGCGUAUAACAAACAUGGCAAAGAUGGUAAACUUGUUAUCGCUCUUUUCUCUCCUCUCAUUGGAGUCCUUCUCAAAGUAAUCUCGCGAAUUUGUGGUCAGCGAUUAUGCUCGAAAUGUAUUCAUCCGGGAUAUUGCUAUGUCUUGCUCACACCGCUGUAUUGUUGCUCAGCGGUUCUUUUUCGAGUUCUACAAGCGGAUCUUGGCAGUUUACAAUCUGUUGCUGUUCUUGGGAUAAUUCACGGCGCUGCAGAAGUCAUAGAACGAAGUACCAUGGUUGUCACUGAUCACAUUUGUCACGUGAUUUGGAAAAGAACAUCAGCUCCUUGGGGAAGUUUUCGUUCUCCUCGUCGCGAGAGACUAAUGGCUGAUAUCGCUAUCGCGAGCAUGUUGUAUGAAUCAACUGCUAUAGUGUCUGUUAACGGAUUAUUGUACUUGUAUCAAUAUGUACACUUAAAAGACGAUUCCCUUUCAGAGCUGCUACAGUCUUUUGCUAUCACAACUUCAGUUCAACUGGUUUAUUGUAUUAUAUUACAUUAUAACUUCCUCAAUAUAGAGUAA